UGCUUCUUUGAUUAUGUGUUCUUGUUUGUUGUUUAUGCUGCUACUUUUCGGCUUUCGAUUACGGUCACGAUCUUUCCAAAGAGCAUGAACUGGUAAAAUGGCAAAGGCAAGAGUGUGGUCAGAACUGAUGUAUCGUUUAUGUCAGUCCGCUGCGAAGAUAUGCGCACAUUCAGACAAAUACUCGCAAGAAACUUCAUCAGCAUUUGCAACGACAGUGUUGUCAAAUAUGGUGAUGAUCAAGGCAGUGCGUCAUAUUGAUAUUGAUGAUAAAAUUUGGGAUGAGGUGAGCAGUGUCUUUCUUCAUGGAAUAUGGAUUCAAAUGGCACAGCAAUGGUCUCGAAUUUCCUAUAGCGUCACGCGUGCGCUGAUACUUCACCUUGCUCAUGUUGAUUUUUUCGCAAGAAGAGUUGGAUAAAGCAAAUCGAGACUUUGCCCCGACCAAGAAGGUUGAAGUGACAUCUGAAAACGAAGCGAGCGAGGAGAAUUCUCUUGAUACCGAGCAUAGUGAUGAUAAUAAUGCGUUCUUGGAAAGUGACGACAUCACUAGCGCUGUACCGGUGACCAAAGACAAGACUUGGAAAGCAAUCUGCACGGAAGCGAACCCAGAGAUUUCGCAGUCUUCGGCCGCAGGCUGCAACUUGAAGAUCUAAAUUCACCUAUUUUCUGUGUACACGUUCUAAGAAGUUUUCAAUAAACAUC